AUGCGUUUCACCAGCAUCUUCGCUCUCCUGGCCGCCUCGGUCGCCGUCGCCCAGUCCGCGGAUGAGAGCACCACGACCAUGACCGCCACCACCACCAAGACGGUUACCAUCACCAAGUGCAACCCGACCAACACUGCUUGCCCCUUGUACACGCCGACUUCGACUGUUGAGCCUACCAUCAGCUCGACGACCUCCACUCCCAUUUCCACCUCCACCUCCACCUCGUCUUCUUCUUCUUCUUCGUCGUCGUCCUCGUCGUCAUCGUCCCACUUCUACCCGGCUGCCAACUCCACCAGCUUUGCCGGCCCGACCGCCUCGGCUCCUUGGACCAAGUCUACCGUUCUUCCCAUCAAGACCUCUGCCGACUCUUCCGCCCCCACCUCUGCAGGCAGCGCUGUUCCUUCCGCACCUGCAAGCGCUGGCUCUGGUCUCUUCGUUCAGAGCGGUCUCAUGGCCGCCGUUGUCGGUCUUGUUGCUCUCGCACUGAACUAG